AAAGUGGUGUGUGUUAAGUUUUUUUUUUUAAAGUAUUAAACAGGAAUCACUAAUAGUUAACCUUUUCCCAGGUUAUAUGCAGGUCCAGAAGUAGAUAUUUGGAGCAGUGGGGUUAUUCUCUAUGCGUUGUUAUGUGGAACACUUCCAUUCGAUGAUGAUCACGUGCCAACACUUUUUAAGAAGAUAUGCGAUGGUAUCUUUUAUACCCCUCAGUACCUGAAUCCAUCUGUCAUUAGUCUUCUGAAACAUAUGCUGCAAGUAGAUCCAAUGAAGAGAGCAACAAUCCGAGACAUUAGAGAACACGAAUGGUUUAAGCAGGACCUUCCCAAAUACUUGUUUCCCGAAGACCCUUCAUAUAGCUCUACCAUGAUUGAUGAUGAAGCCUUAAAAGAAGUAUGUGAGAAGUUUGAAUGUACCGAAGAGGAAGUGCUAAGUUGUCUGUAUAGCCGAAAUCAUCAGGAUCCUUUAGCAGUUGCUUAUCACCUCAUUAUAGAUAACAGAAGAAUAAUGAACGAGGCCAAAGACUUCUAUCUGGCUACAAGCCCACCAGAUUCUUUUCUUGAUGAUCACCAUCUGUCUCGUCCUCAUCCAGAGAGAGUGCCAUUCUUAGUAGCUGAGGCACCACGGCCUCGCCAUACUCUUGAUGAGCUGAAUCCACAGAAAUCAAAACACCAAGGUGUAAGAAGAGCGAAGUGGCACUUGGGGAUACGGAGUCAGAGUCGACCAAAUGAUAUAAUGGCUGAAGUCUGUCGAGCAAUUAAGCAGCUGGAUUAUGAAUGGAAGGUAAAAGAAUAUAAUUUGUUUACUACAAGCAACAGUAGAUUUUGAGCUGUGUUGUUAUAUAGCCUAGAAGUCUAAAAAAACUGCCUCUUCCUGAUAUAGGCUGGUUCAGAAAUAGCAAUAAAUACAUUAGUUAAAGGACCAAUAUAUUAGGUUAGCAAAAAGAAAUUAAUGUGUGCUAGUUCUAAAGCUUUCCAGUUUAGCUUUGCUUAAUAUGUGAACAGUCAUGUUUUUCUGAAUAAUUCUUGUUCACCGAAGCACUGAAGUCAAAACAGACUGCUUUUGUCUUUGCAUCCACCAGGUAUGAGGACUUUGUUCUUGGGUUUCAUAUAAAUUGUUUUGAGUUAUAGGGUACCAAGAUAGAAAGUCACUCAUUAUGACAUAACAAGCAAUGAAAAUUUGCCAAACUGGGGGAAAACAGCUAAAGAUCAGCCAAGGGAUAUCAGGAGGAAGUUGAAGAUGGAAAAAUGAGAAUGAAGAAGUGGUCUGUGACCACCCUAAAUUCCUACUGUGCACGCCCGAAGGGACAUUAACAUGUGUUAAUGAAUUCUUGGAUAAUAAUGAAUAUGUAUGUGGUUUCCAGGAAAUGUAUUGCAUGUGAAAUGUCUUAACUGCUUAAAUUUAGAACCUGAACUCCAGGAGUGCAUACUUGAUUUGUGAAGUUGCUUGGUACGUACCAUUAAUUAAAAGGAAUGCUGUUUUUUCUUACACUGGAAUUAGAGUUUUCUUCCCUGAUUUUGCUGAUGCUAUUCCUGUGCAGGAAAACAAUUGUGUGUGUGUGUGUGUGUGUGUGUGUGUGUGUGUGUGCUCAGUACUUACUGACUGUGUAAGAAUGGUUUUGGAAGAAGCUAUUUAUGCUGACAGAAAAAAAUCUUGUUAACAUUUCUAGCCUUUCUAUGGGGGUCCUGAGGAUGUGCAUGUUUUUUCUCUUUUUUUUUCUCAGUAGGGGAAAAAAA